AUGUUCUCCAAAUCUGCCUUGUUCGCUGUGGCUUUUGCUGGGAUCGCUGCCGCUGAACAUCAUACCAUCACGAUGAUUAACAAGUGCGGUCGCGGUACCCCUACCCUCGUUCGUCAAGGCAAUAUCGUAUCCACUGGUGCUCCGUAUUCCGCGAAUGAAGCUAUCCCGGCCACGAUUGCAUUCCUUCAGACCGGAGGAUGCGACAGACUCAACGGCGCUGGAUGUAUGACUUGCGAGCUCACCUUGAAGAACCCUGACCCUGGUGCCCCAGGAUCUGGAUCUAGCGUUGACCUUUCGUUGAUUCCACCUCUCGCAUUCAACGUUCCCAUUUCAUUCAAAUACACAAACGGAUGCUCGAACGGUGCUUCUUGCCCCAACGCCGGCUGCCACGAUGUAUUCCGCAAGCCCGAUGAUUACUUUGCGCAAAGGGCGUGCCAGGUGAACGAUGUCAACUUGGAGAUCACUUUCUGUUAG